AUGGUGGACGCACCAAGCACAUUAAGCCCGGCCCCCUGCGCCGACUCGGCCCCGACGCCGAAGCGCCGGAAGCUGCGCAAGGGCACCCAGAGCUGCUGGGAAUGCAAGCGGCGCAAGGCCCGGUGCACCUUCUCCUCCGCCCAUCACGACGUCUGCGACGGCUGUACGCGUCGCGGCACCGACUGCGUGAGCCAGGAGGUCACCGACCAGCCGCCUCCCCCCGGGUCCAGCAAGCACCUCGUCGACCGGCUGGGCCAGGUGGAAGCGCUGGUGAAGCAGCUGCUCAGAGCCGGGAACGGGGUCGACGAUCAUGGCGUCGGCGAUGGCCAUCCUGCACCACAGAUCCCUCAAGGGAAACGGAAGACGACGAGCCGUUCUCGAUCCCCGGUUGCCAUGGCGAGGAGAGAGUGCGACACAUCAGCGUCUCCCUCUGGCGAUGGCAACCACACACAACUUUGGCACUCGUCUUCCAGCAGCGAAGGGCGGCGUUACCCAGCAUCGCCGUCCAUGAGGGAUGAACCAUCUAGGGUCACUCGCCCGGAACAAGAUGCACCAGCAGAAGAAACACACGACGAGAUCUGCAAACGCCUCCUUGAAGCCUGGCCAAGUCAACAGGACAUGGAUAUCAUUCUGUCUAUACCGGUGGAAACCUCGCAGAUCAUCCGGGCAGUCAUAUGCACCAGGACCGGCUCCCCCCGCACAUCGCUGCCAUCGUCCGCAACACUGCUGGAGCCGCCGCCGCCGGGAUCUCACCCAGCCCUGAUUGCCCGGAGCCUUCUGAUCCUGGCCUCAUUCCUCCAGGGCAUGCCGUUUUCCUCGGCGCACCACCUCGCGAGACUCGGCACCCCCUGGCAGGUCCUCAUGUCGCGGGCCGUGAAGGCGGCCCACAGCCUCGUCACCUCCGACGACGACCUCGUCGCCUCCCUCGAAGGCAUCGAGUGCAUCAUGCUUGAAGGCCUCUACGAGAACUACGCCGGGAACCUGCGGCCCUCGUGGCUCGCCGCGCGCCGGUCUGUCGCCAUCGCGCAGAUGAUCGGCCUGAACCGCGGCGUCGAGCCAAAGUCCCUGACCGGCUCCGUCAUCGAGCCGAGCGACCUGUGGUUCCGUCUCGUCCAGUUCGACCGCUAUCUCUCCCUCAUGCUGGGCCUGCCGCAGAGCUCGCUCGACGACGUCUACGCCCGCCCGGAGGCUCUGGAAGGGUGCACGCCGCUGGAUCGCUAUCUCCGCCUGUGCACCGUCGCCUGCGGCCGCCUGCUCCAGCGAGAUCCCUCGGACGUGUACGACCUCGAGACCAACAAGGAUAUCGACAGGGCACUGCAAGAAGCCUCCGCGUUGAUGCCGGCUCAGUGGUGGGUGACGCCGACUUUGUCGCCCGACACUGGGCACGCGGAGAGGAUCCGCGAUACCCUGCGGUUCAACGACCACUUCAUGUACUACCACCUCCUCCUCCAACUCCAUUUCCCGAGCGUUCUGCGGCCGGUGUCGGAGUGCGGCUACGUGUAUCACAGGUCGACGGCCCUCACCGCCAGUCGCGAAAUCCUGUCCCGGAUGAUGGCCUUCCGCGCAACUCGACCCGCGCGCUACUACUGCCGGGGAGUGGACCUGAUCGCCUUCUUCUCGAGCACGGCCUUGUGCCUGGCUCACAUCUGCGACACGCCCCAAGACGUGACCGCCCAGCACGGAUUCCACUUCCUCGCCCAUCAACGGCUCAGCGACCGGGGGCUCUUGGAACAGACUCUGGCCAUCAUGCAAGAGCUGGUCGAUCGGCACGACGACGAGAUCGCCACCAGGGUGGCCACGCUUCUCCAGCAUCUCCUGGCGAUAGAAGCAGACGUGGCAUCCGGUGGCAAGUACGCCGUGGCCUUUUCGCCGGAGGCUCAGAAGCACGAUGACCUCGGGUAUCGUGUGAAGAUGUCCGACGACGGCACCACUCUGCGCAUCUGUCUUCCACAUUUCUGGGUCAUCAAGAUCCAAAAACAAGGCCCUUCAGGGGGGAGACUGCCGGCAGCUAGCUCUGACGGAGACGAGCUGCGCGUCAAGUCAGGAAUCGACGGAGAUGGCAGCACCUCUCUCACCAGCACCAGGCAAGACCCGUUACCGGCCAUCCCUCGCACUGGAAACUCGGGUCUUGAGAGGGCUGGAGGCGAGGAGCAACCCCUUUUUGGACGAGAAGGGAAUGAGGAAAACUGGGCGCUAGAGAAUCUGGACUUUGCGUUCUUGGAUAGCUUCAUCGAAGGGACUCUUGGGCUGGACAACGGCGUCAUUGCGGGGGAAUAG